CAUGGUUGGUUUCAUUGACCCAACAUUGAUUGGUGAGAAAGGGUGUGGGAGUGCAACAACGAGGUCCCGAAGUAUAAAAGAUCGCCUGAUAAGUGCUUCUCCAAAUCAGAUUUUCUUGUUGCCUUACAAUGCAUCUGUUCAUUGGAUGUUGACUGUGAUCGAUCCGGACAAUGAGACUGUCUAUUUUAUGGAUCCAUUGAGAAGACGCCUUCCGGGCGGAGAAUGGAAAGAUAUUGUUGACACUGCUAUAUCAAUGUUUAAAGGGGAACGCAACAAGAAAGGACGGAGCUCUAUUCAAUGGAAGAACAUGGCAGGUAUUCCAUCACAGCCAAACGACAAACAGUGUGGCUAUUUUGUGAUGAGAUAUAUGAGGGAUAUCAUCCAUGAUACAAACUUGUCAUUUGCAGAUAAGUGGGCUAGGAGAGCCGACCAUGUUUAUGGUCAAGUGGAAAUUGAUGAAGUGCGUAAUGAGCUUGCAAGUUAUGUGUUGAAGAACAUCCUCAAGCUGUAA